AUGACUCAGGAAGAAAUCAACGACCUUAAGAAACAUAUGUGCGACCAAUGCGGGAACGAUACAAAGAUCGAUACGGAAUCCAAGGGACAGAUCAAACAGAUUAAUCUAAGUACCGCCUACGACCGGAUCCAAUUACCCGGAAAUCGGUUUCGACAAUACAUCGAGACCAAUGCAAACGAAUACCCGGUGGCCAAGUCACUAAAAUCAGCCAUCUACUUCGUCGACGACAUUCUGCUCACAGACCAAUACCGUUACAAGAAACAUCAGUACCAACGCCGAGCCCUCGCAUAUGUCACCUACAACCUGGAACGACAAGGAUUCAACCUUGUAAAGCACGGCAACGACAACGAACUACGAGGAAUCAACUGGAACGACCUUCGGAAAUACCACAAGCUCACCGCCAGACACGUACCCAAGCCCGGAUGCACCUGGUGCAAACGCUAUAACAUUCGAAACAAAGAACCAGGAUGGAUUACCUCAGACCUAGACAACAUCGAUAUUAACCCUUACGGUAAUAAUUAUUACAACGGCGCCGAUAAUGCAACCUACUACAACUUGAACACCCUCACAGGAGGAAAGAAACUACGAAAAUUCCAAGUACCAGGCACCUUGGAAGGACAUCCGAUUACAGUCUACAUAGACUCCGGAGCCACGAUAAGUUACAUUGCGCCUUAA